AUGUCUACCUUCAUCCCACCUAAGGUGAGCCUGGAUGCAAACUCCAAUGCUGGCAUACGAACACUCCCAGACCUAGUCGAUUUCCAUGCCAAACACAACCCGCAGCACACAUUCUGCAUACAAGCGACACGAGACCAGCAUUUUGUCUCAGUGAGUUAUAGGCAGUUACAGCAUGCCAUAGCGCGCUGCCAGGCUAGGCUCAAAAGAGAAGAUUCUGGCCUUCAUACACCCACAACUGAUGCAGACGGACAUGUGACAAAAUGCGCACCAGUUGCCAUAUUGACGGAGAGUCAUGUUGGCCUGGUUAUCUAUGUCCUCGCGUGCAUGGGAAUGGGUGUGCCAGUUGUGCUUUUGUCCGCACGAUUGAGUUCCUCUGCUGUGCGUCACCUUCUUCAGGAGACGGGUGCGAGGCUCGUCAUAGCCUCUCCUACGUUACAGUCUCUUGCCUUUGAAGCUAUAUCUCCCUUGAAGGGAACAAACGGAGCCGGGAAAAAUGGAGAUGGUACAGCGGCAACUGGGGUGGCAGCUGAGUGGGAAACACUUCUGGGGGAAGAGGAUGCUGCAGUUGAUCGCCAAUCUGUAUGUGCUGCGCACGCGACCCAUUUUGCGUCUGAGGAGGACCGUCAAGUGGUUAUCCUUCAUUCAUCUGGGACAUCAGGGCUGCCGAAGCCAAUUCCCUGCUCACAUAAAUAUUUCCUGGACAGUGAGGCCCAAGGUCUGACAAUCUCGACGCUGCCACUAUUCCACGGCUUUGGCUUCGUGGCGAUCUGUCUCUCGUUGGGUGCCGGAAAGACUGUGUGCAUCCCUCCACCAUCAACGGUACCCAACGGAGCAUCAGUCAUUACGCUCCUGCAACAGUCUGAUGCGAGGGCAUUGUUGACUGUUCCAUCUGUUUUGGAAGAAAUUGAAGGUCUUCCACAUAAUAAGGGACACGAAGCUCUUGCAAGACUAGACUUCGUCGGGUUCGGCGGCGGCAUGCCGAAGGAAUCUGUCGGACAAAGACUUCAGAACACCGGCGUCAGACUGAUUGGUCAGUACGGCGCUACCGAGACUGGUCCGAUGACACCGUUCUUUGUUCCUGGAAAGGAAAACAAUUGGCGACGACUGAGAUUGCGGCGUGACACCCUCGGACCGCUUCAAGUCAGACUGGAUCGUGUCGAAUCGGAACUAAAUCAAUCCGAUCAAAAUGUCUUCACUUAUAAGCUAAGUAUGGUGCCAUUUGGCUGGAUUGAGUGCUUUGAGCUGCAAGACCUCAUCGUUACCACAACCGAGUACAGCGCGGGGAGUGACAUUUCACAGUUAGAAUUCACCGUGGCUGGUCGGACGGACGACCUGAUUUGUCUCGCAACCGGUGAGAAAGUGAAGCCUACCAUCUUGGAGUCUCUGCUGCGACAGCAGGAUGGGGUAAAGGACGCAACCGCAUUCGGGGAAGGUCAAUUCGAAAUAGGUGUCAUUAUCGAGACCGUUGAUGCGCUGAGUUCGGACGAGAUUCUCCAGUUCAAGGCCACUCUUUGGCCUGUAAUCAAGGAAGCUAGCUUGCAGAUGGAUGCUCAUGCCAAAAUCACAUCGCUGGCCACCGUAUUAAUUGUGCCUCCUGGAGAUCUUCCGAGAUCAGACAAGGGAACCAUCUUGCGCAAAGCAGUCGCGAAGAAAUACGCACAAGAGAUAACUGACGUAUACCGCACUGUUGAGGUUGCCGUAGCACCAGCGCUAGACCUGUCCUCAUCGCAUUCCAGCAUCAGGGCCCUCGUGGCAGAGAGCACGGGAUGGCAAGCCAACGACGAGGACGACUUCUUUGCCCGAGGUAUGGACAGCCUACAGGCAACGAAGCUUCGCAGGCUAUUAAAAGGCGCGGUGCAGGCGACACACUCUGCAUUUGGUCCCAGUGCAUGCCAUGUUCUGCUGGUUGCCAAUAUCACUGACGACUUCGUCUACCGGCACCCAUCCAUUAAUAGCAUCGCAGAUGCGCUUCUGUCCGGUGACGUUGCUACUAAUGGAGUAGCCACGGAGUCUAAGCUAUUCAAACAAUUGGUGGACAAAUACACCAAUAGAAAAGACCACUCGAUUAUUCCUCAUUCUACUCUCUCCCUCCUCAGCGGUUCACUCUUGAUACAACGGCUUCCCAAGUUCUUAUUACUCUGUGCCGUGUAUCUGUUUCAUUUCAUCAUAUCUCAAUCCUUCACAGCCAUGUCAGCCCGACGAGGCAAAAAGUCCGUUGUGGUGCUUACAGGCGCCACAGGAAGCUUAGGGUCUUUCUUCUUGGUGCAGCUUCUCAACGAUAAGUCUAUCGGUAGGGUCAUCUGUCUCAACAGGUCUGGCAAAGGGGAUGCAUUGCAAGUUCAGAAAAAUGCCUUACAUUCUCGAAAUAUCUCGGUCAAUGAUGAUGCCUGGGCUAAAGUCGAGGUAUAUCAGACGGAUACAGCGGCCCAAUGGCUUGGACUGAAGAAGGACGACUACGAGAUGCUGGCGAUGGAGGUGACGCAUAUUGUGCACAUUGCGUGGCCAAUGAACUUUAAGAUGGGACUGCGGUCCUAUGAUACCUCUUUCAAGUCUCUGCAGAACCUGUUGAAUUUUGCACGUGAAGCAAACUCCCUUUGUAAGAUCAGCAAGCCAAGAUUGCUGUUCAUAUCCUCUAUCUCCACUGUCGGCAACUAUUCACUGCUCUGUGGACAAAAGCAGGUUCCCGAAGUCAUUCCUGGUGACCCGUCUUCUACCCUGAACCUGGGCUAUGCCAAGGCAAAGUUCGUAUGUGAGAAGAUCAUUCAGCAUGCGGCAAGUAACUAUCCUGAGAUUGAGGUUGGAGUGGUACGAGUCGGGCAGAUUGCUGGAGCCAGCAGUGGUUACUGGAACUCAAACGAACAUUUUGUCGCGGUAUGCACGUCAUCUCAGAAUAUGGGCAAGUUUCCUGAUCUACGUGGAACAUUAUCCUGGCUGCCAGUAGAUUCCGCUGCUCAGGCCCUCAGUGAGAUUCUCUUCCACGGAGAACCGCUAAAGCUGGUAUACCAUCUCGAGAAUCCGACACGACAAAGUUGGGAACAUACAGUUACCUUGUUGUCCGAAGAAUUGCAGAUACCCAGUUCGUCCAUUGUCCCAUUGGACCAAUGGCUAGACCAUGUUCAGUCUGCACCCGGGCCGCAGAACCCUUCGGCGGAUCUAAUCCACUUUUUGAGAAAUGACUUUCUUAAAAUGUCAUGCGGCUCUGUUAUCCUCGACACAGGUGCCUCGCGCAAUGUUAGUCGAACCAUGGCCCACAUGGAUCAAGUGGGAGAUGAUUCUAUUCGGGCAUACGUGAAUUACUGGAAGAGCAUCAAGCUGCUUCAUUAG